AUGAACCCUCUUUUUUUCUUGGUUGCGAAUACAGCGAGGACCAUUCCAUUUCUGAAGGCCUCCUCCCCGCCUUCUCUGCGAAACAGUACUCCCAUCUCCCGACGCCGCAGAGUCCCACCAGCGAUCCGCGGUACGGAUAUGACCGGCCACACUCCCCAGAGUCGCCUAUCGCCAACGGAAUCGCACCAGCUUGAACGCUACAUCCUCAACCGCCUUUCAGAACAGGCGACAAGGGAACAGAGCCUUGUGCCGCUUGUCCUGAACAUGCAUUUAUGUAUCCUUCGUAGCUCGGCGGUGGACGAUGGUGGGCACCCUCUGCGCGCGCAGUACGGCUCUUCUGCUGCUUUGCAACAAUGCGCUACCCCGGAAUCGAGGUCAAAGGAGGCUGCUUCUCGCAAAUCUAUUAACCACUCUACAUCUAAUAUGCAAAUGGCCACGCCGUCCUCUCCCCCGCUGGACCCACCGCCUGCACAUUCGUCCGCGCUCUCCUCGCCGUUCAUGGCGAAAUUGUCCAUUGGGGAGAAGGACAAGGCGUCGAGGGGGACUGUGCCCCCGUCGUCCUCGUCGUCGUCCCUCCCCGUACAUGUAGAUGACGUAUUCGCAUCGUCGCAGUCGUCCUUGCAGGCGGCGACGUCGACGUCUGCGGCGUCUACGCCUCCUCCUAUUUCUCCUGUGCUUGGUGUCGCGCCCAACCCGAACCCCAACCCUACGACAACGACGGCACCUACAGUCACCGCCGGGGGAGAGAUGGAGAGGAUCCGGCAGUCGAUUAUAGCUGACAGGCUUGCGCACAUCCAACAGGCGGAAAAGUACCGCCCAGAGUAUCUUAAGCGGUCCAAGCGCACUCUCGCGGAAGCGGACCCUAUGUAUUUGUUGGAAGAUGACGGCGCGUCUGAGCGCGUCUUGCCUGUUGGCAUUAUGGAGUCACCGCAUAAAGGACGCCGACUGAAGCUGUUCCAGGAAACUUCGGAGGAGAGCUUUGAGGAGAGUCUGAUGGCGGGUGGAUAUGGCCGAUAUCGGACUGCCGAUUGGGUGCGCCAGCCACAGCCUAUAUCCCUCCCUCCCUCCGCCGUUGCGGGAUCGUCAACGUCGAUCGUGGCGAUUCUCGAAGAGGCACAGGAGGCUCCUCCAUCUGAGAAAGAGCUGAAGAAGCGUAAACGUCUGGCUGCUUUCCGCGCCGAGCCUACCCAGGGUAACUCCAAACUAUGCGCCGUCGAGCUCGAAGGCAAAGGGCGCGUGAUCAUCGACGGGUCGGCUGAAGAGCACGUCACGCCUGGCAGCCCUGAGCCAGUGGUGCAUGCCACCGGCGGGAAGAAGAAGACGCCGAGUCGUAGGAAGAAGAAGGCGGCCGAGUUGGCGGCGGCGAAUAAGAAACUUGAUGCGGGCGACGCGGCUGCGUCUGCUGGGGACGUGCUGAGCCAGGUGGAUAAGCCCAACUGGCCGGAUAGUGAGUUCCCGUGGAGGUUGAGGACGGAGGAGAGGCUGGAGAUGGCCAAGGCGGAGGAGGAGGAGCGGUUGCAUUGGAUUGAGCGGUUUUUGGAUGGUGAUUCGGAUGAGGAGGACGAGCAGGAGGGUGCGCUUGGAGUGGACGGGGACCAUGAUGGUGUAGCGCGUCCUGGGCGCGGGAAGAUGGUCCCGCUGACCGCGUACCCGCACCCGACGCGUAAAGAUGAGAUGAUUGCGCGCUACCCGACCGACCCCGCCGACGCGCGUGCCGCGCUCUUGGCGAAGCGGAGUGUGCGUGCGCUCGUGUAUAGGCAGCAGCGGAAGCAGCGUGAGAUGGAUGAUGAGGAUGAUGAUGAGGUGGUGUGUAUUUGCAAUGGGCGCGACGACGGGCGCGAGCUGGUGCAGUGCGACGCGUGCCAGAUGUGGUACCACCUCGAGUGCAUCGGUAUCCGUAGCAUCGCGGAGCUGGGCAAGGAGGAGGACCCGUGGUUCUGCAGAAGGUGUGUGUCGCGCAGCCGCUCGCCGUCGACGGAGCCUGAAGUUGCGACGGGCGAGCCGACGUUUGUGCCGACUGACGAGGAGCACACGUUUCGUCGUUCCUCGGACACGCCGUUUUUUCAGCCUGGGCCGCAUGAUUCGCCGAGUUGGGCUGCGAUGAAGACGCCGAGGACGCCGCCGAGGCAGUAUGGACGCGAUGGCGGUGGGUUGUCGGAUGGGCAUUCGUCGUGGUUGGAGUCGUCGAGGCCUGGUCCGUCGACGCCGCAGCACUCUGCGGCGUCGGUGAGGAUUUAUAGCAGUCCGUAUGGCGGGUAUAUGAAUUCAGACGACUCGCCGUUCGACCCGACGUCGACUCCUUCGAGAGGUAUCAAGUUCAAUGCGCCAUUUACGACACCGAAGAGCGCGUGGCCUGCGCGCGCCAUUUUCCAGAGUCCGACGCGUGGAUCGCAGAGAGGCUCGGGCAACGGGUUUGGUCAGGGUUACAACAAUGGCAAUAGCAGCAGCAGUCGGACCCCGCUUUCGGAUGGCACUUCGCAUUCGAACUACCCCUCGUCUGGCAGUGGUGCGCACGGUCAAGAUUAUUACGCGCGACAGAGCUAUGACGAGUCGCCUGUGAGAAGGGGGCAUGUGUAUUCUUCCUCUGCUUCGUCGGUACCGACUUUCCAGCGGCGGACGCUGCAUUCGCCUCCGCCUUCUUCGAGCGGCCCUGGGCAUGGCAGGUCAAGGAGCCAGUACGCGGCAGGCCCGAGCCCUGGGAUUGGUUCGUACCUUGAAGAAUCACCUGUUAUGCGUUCGCUGGGAUCGAGGUUGAACCGGGAACCUCAGGCGUAUGCGCAUGAUACCUAG